GGUAUAAGAGGAAGAGAAGUGGGUCAAGAGGGACAGAAUUGCAGCGGCCAUUGGCAUUCCACUUUGAAGCUUUAUCAGAUAUUCAUUCAUUCAUAGCACGUAGCUCAUAGGCUCUGCUCUGUAGUUCUCAGUGGUCGCUUACACAAACACAGUAACAGUAAUACCACCCACCCACACCUACUUGUCAGCAACAGUACUCACUCACUCACUCCUUCCUUUACUAAAUUCCCCAAAUCUAACCUACAUACAUACAACACAACCACCAUCCUCUUCUCUUUUGUCAUGUCCUUUUCCUCUUUAUCCCAUCUCCAUUUUACUCCCCCUUCAAUUUACACUUCUUCCAGGCCAGGCCCCCUUUUUGUGCCUCUUCUUCUUCCUCCUCCAUACUUAUUGCUAUCACCGCAAUAACUGGAAACAUUAUUAUAAAUUAAUGAAAAGCCUUUCCCCCUGAUACUUAGUCACCGUCAGCCUCGUCCUUUGGGUUUGCCUUUACUUUUUUGGUCGAAUUUCUGACCAACGAAUUUAUAUCCCCUGUCUCAGUGUUUUUAUCGGGAGAAACAAACAAAGCCCAGGCCACAGGCCCCAGGCCCUAGGCCCCGCUCCUCUCUUCACGUUUCUCCUUCGUUUUAAAAACUAACACAUUCUAAUCCACUCUUGUACUUCACUUCAUCUUCUUCAAUCUGCUUCUCUGCUCUGUGUGCCUGCAUGUUUCACUCUCCAGCCAUGGAUGAAUGGAAGAGAAGUGGGCAGAUACCGGCGUUUGGGAACUGGGAAUUCGCGAACGAGUUGCCAAUAACUCAGUACUUCGAGUGUGCAAGACAAGCUGGCUUGGUUCGUUACAGUUCCUCUUCCGGAGAAAGUGAUCCCUGCGUUCGCGACCUUUACUCUCUUGAUUUUCACAAACCUCCUACUCUCAAAAAGGGGAAUAGGAACAACAGGAACAGAGAAAGAGAAAGGAGGUGCUCUCAUGGGAACGUUAACGUUAAGGGAAAUGGAAAUGGAAACAUGAGAAAGCUUAAGCAAGGGAAAGUAUGGGACGUGACGGAACAGCAACGGAGCAAGCAACACGACGUCGUUCCGCUUCCGCAAUCAGCGGCCCCUCCUCGACCAAAACCCGUUGACGAAGAUCUUUAUAAGAUCCCUCCCCAGCUCCUUCGUUCUACCAAAAGGAAGAAAGUGCUGGGCUUCAUUUCCAAGUGUUUGGUACCCGCUGCAUGUGUUUCAUGACCAUCUUUCUUUCUUCUAAGUGAAGCUGCUUGCUUAUGUGGUGAUUAUAGUUUUUGAUGCACCUCAGAUGCUGAAUGAAUGCCCUUUUUCUUUUUGUUUCUUAUAGUGGUAGCAUAUAAAUUAUAAUGAUCAAUGUAGUAAUAGUAGUAUAGUACUACUAUUUGAUAUUUGGUCGUCUUCAUUCAUUUCAGUCGGUGUUUGCAAUUAUAUUCUACUAUUAAUAUUAUUUUGAAUUUAGAAUUAGUAAAUGCUAUUUUGUUGGUAUUAGGUGGCA